GUCCCGUCAGCCGCCAGCGCGACGGCCGUGCUCGCGCGAGCGUGCUCGCUUGAUUGAUGCGUCGGCCACCACUCGAUGGCGCCGCUCGCCGCCACCACCACCACCACCACGGCAAGCUGCUGCCCCUGCGGCUUCCUACUAACCGCGCGGGCCUCCGCCUCGUCCUCCCCUGGCCGUUUCCUCCGCGCGGCGAGAUCCCGCGCGCUCCCGCGCGUCAUGGCCGCCUCCGGAGCCGAUGCGGCCGCGGCCGCGGGUGGCGGAGGCUCUGCUGCUCCCCCGUCGCUGCUCGUCUUCUCAGGAGGAACUGCUUUUAAUGGUGUUGUAGAAGAGUUGAAGAAAGUGACUACUCGAGUUGCACAUGUUCUUCCUGUUUCUGAUGAUGGUGGAAGCACAGCUGAGAUUGUGCGAGUGCUUGGUGGACCAGCUGUGGGUGACAUUAGAUCAAGAUGCUUGAGAUUGUCUGAUGAAAGCACUUCAGAAGCCCUUUCUGUACGGACAUUACUUGGGCAUCGUUUGCCUCUUGACCCUUCAGAAGCAAAGCUAGAGUGGUACCAGAUUGUAGAAGGAGAGCACACUUUGUGGGAUGGUGUCUCACAGCCAUACAGGGAAACAAUACGUGCCUUUUUAGUCUACUUCCAUAAUGAGAUACUUCGGCGAUCAGCUGAAAUGUUUUGCUUCACCAAUGGCAGCAUUGGAAAUUUCUUUUUUGCUGGUGCACGCAUAUUCUUCCAGUCUCUGGAUGCUGCGAUUUUCUUGUUCUCACGUGUGUCACAAAUCCCUGCUGAAAGUCUUGUUCUUCCAGUGAUAUCCACAAAUGACAGGCUUACACUGGGAUGCGAACUAUGGGAUGGAACUAUCAUUCGAGGUCAAAAUGAAAUAUCACAUCCAAGCAACGGGCGUAAAGAAGUUGUUAACAAGGAUUGUAAUUCAUGUAGUGCACUUCCUUCAAGGAUCAAGCGUGUCUUUUACAUGUCAAGUGAAGGCAGCAAUCUGUUGCAUGAGGUAUUUCCUGAAGCUAACCGUACAGUUUUGGAGCAGUUAAGUAAGGUGGACUGCAUUGUAUAUGCUAUGGGAUCACUGUUUACAUCAGUCUGUCCCUCACUGGUAUUGCGUGGCAUUGGUGAAACUAUAGCAUCAAGAUCCAUUCCGAAGGUACUUCUUUUGAAUGGAUCGCAUGACAGAGAAACAACUGGGCUGCCCGCUUCGGGCUUUGUGACUGCCAUUACUGAUUCUCUAAACCGUACAUAUGGAGAUCCUGAUAAAAGUCUAAAAAAUCUGCCCAAAGACUAUGUGAAUGCUUUAUUGGUUCCAAAAGGAGGCCAAAUCCCUUUAGAUGUUAAAAACUUGGCUUCUCAAGGAAUCUUUCAUGUGGUAACCGUGGAUUCUGUACGCGAUGCGAAGACGGGCGUUAUAUUUGACUCACAAUCACUAAUUCAAGCCCUGACAAGUCUAAUAUCAGGAAGGCGUCUCGUGGAACCUGAUCUUCUAACAGAAAAUGUAGAAUCUUUAUACUGAAAUCCCAAAUAGGCAUAUAUCUCACUCCUAUUCUUUCGUCACUGUAUUUGGCGAAAUUGUGGCAUCAGUCGACCACUUGCCCCUUCGCCAGCCAGUUUCACUGCUGCAUUCAAUGAAAAUAAAAUAUACAAAAAGGAAGAACAGAUGUGCUCGUUUAUGGUUUAAUCCCA